CGGCUUAGCCUCGCGCGCGGAGACCCUGCAGAGAAGAAUCCAAGAGUCAGUUUUCGAAGGGAAAAAAAUUGGGCCAGGAACCAAGACCUGUUCUCCACAAACUUAAUAUCGUGUAGAUCAUCUUACCACUUGAGAUCUCAGUGGCCUCAUCUGUGAAAAAAAGAAAAAAAAAAGAGAUAAAACCUCUAGCCUGUCUGAAGAUGAGGUGGAAGAUCAUCCAGCUACAGUACUGUUUUCUCUUGGUUCCGUGCGUGCUCACUGUUCUGGAAGCUGUGCCUAUAGAUGUAGACAAGACCAAAGUACACAACGUUGAGCCCGUGGACAGUGCAAAGAUAGAGCCCCCAGAUACCGGACUUUAUUACGAUGAAUACCUCAAGCAAGUGAUUGACGUCCUGGAAACAGAUCAACAUUUCAGAGAAAAGCUCCAGAAAGCAGACAUAGAGGAAAUAAGGAAUGGGAGGCUGAGCAAAGAGCUGGACUUAGUAAGUCACCAUGUGAGGACAAAACUCGAUGAACUCAAGAGGCAAGAAGUAGGAAGGCUGAGAAUGCUUAUCAAAGCUAAGCUGGAUUCCCUUCAAGAUACUGGCAUGAAUCACCACCUUCUCCUGAAGCAGUUCGAACACCUGAACCACCAGAAUCCUGACAGAUUUGAAUCCAGAGAUUUGGAUAUGCUAAUCAAAGCGGCAACCGCAGAUCUGGAGCAGUAUGACCGGACUCGGCAUGAAGAGUUUAAGAAGUAUGAGAUGAUGAAGGAACACGAGCGCAGAGAGUAUUUAAAAACACUGGAUGAGGAAAAGAGAAAAGAAGAAGAAUCUAAAUUUGAAGAAAUGAAGAGGAAGCAUGAAAACCACCCCAAAGUCAAUCAUCCUGGAAGCAAAGACCAACUAAAAGAGGUUUGGGAAGAGGCUGAUGGAUUGGACCCUAAUGACUUUGACCCCAAGACAUUUUUCAAAUUACAUGAUGUCAACAGUGAUGGAUUCCUGGAUGAACAAGAAUUAGAAGCACUGUUCACAAAAGAGUUGGCAAAAGUGUACGACCCCCGAAAUGCGGAGGAUGAUAUGAUAGAAAUGGAGGAAGAAAGACUUCGCAUGAGAGAGCAUGUCAUGAACGAGAUUGAUAGCAACAAAGACCGACUGGUGACUCUGGAAGAAUUCUUGAGAGCUACAGAGAAGAAGGAGUUCUUGGAGCCAGACAGCUGGGAGACAUUGGGUCAGCAACAGUUAUUCACCGAGGAAGAACUGAAAGAAUAUGAAAACAUUAUUGCCGCACAAGAAAAUGAACUUAGGAAGAGGGCAGAUGAACUGCAGAAGCAGAAGGAAGAGUUGCAGCGUCAGCAUGACCACCUGGAGGCUCAGAAGCAGGAGUAUCAGCAGGCUGUUCAGCAGCUAGAACAGAAGAAAUUUCAACAAGGGAUCGCUCCAUCAGGGCCAGCAGGAGAGUUGAAGUUUGAGCCACGUAUGUAAUUUUCCUUUGUUUGUUUAGGGUAAUAAACCAUUAUAAAUCGAUAACCAUUUUUCAUUUCAAAUACAGUCUAUCUUCAGAUGAUUAAAAUUCACAUUGUAUUCUAUAUAUUUGAAGAAAUAGAGAAAUCUGCAUUAAAGAAACUUUGAAAUGUUCUCCAAAAUUUUUACAUUUUUCAAAUGCCACAUAAUUAGAUGACCAUCGUUAUGGUGCAGUAAUUUAUUUCAAAAUUAUUUGUAAUUCUUUAUGACCAUUUAUAUUGAUCUUACCAGAGAGCAUGUUUAUAAUUUGUAAUCUAUGAUGAGCUAACCAUACUUUCAAAAAGUAAAAUAAUGUAUUUUAAAUAAAAGAACAUUCAGAAUAAAGGAAGAUAUGUUUAAAAUGUGAGCAUACUUCUUUUGAACAGACACGUAAAGUCCCGACGUCUGCAAGAACUCGGAAGAAAACUGUUCACUCAACAUCUGUUUCAUCUUUCAACAUCCCCUCUUUUAUCUUCACUCAAUAAAUACUUUAAAGCACAUUUGGAAUAAAGGGAGAGACCUUUAAA